AUGGCCUCGUGGGAGGUACAAGAAGGAUUAAAUAAUUCUCUAGGAAAACUCUUACCAAUACUGAAGGAACUGAGUCACAGCUUUGGAAUGACGGAGGCUUCCCUGUAUCACCGAUUCAACAUGCCCAUACCCGAAGCAGUGGCACCAGAACUUAACCUGGAACUAAGGUCGGUUGAGGAUUUAUGUCAGUUCAUCCAAACAUUUGAAGAAAAGGUGAAUCAUUUCCAUUCUGUUAUUGAAGAAAAUACAACAGAAUGUAAUCCUGACAUCAUGCCCUCAUUCCAAAGAAAUGAUGAUUCUCCACUCAUGCUCAGAACCAACAACAGUUUUGACAACAACAUUUGUCGUACAAGAUGUGCAACAGACUCAGACUCUUCUCUGAACAUUGCAAGAAUGAAGAAAAAUGGUCAAUACUAUUGCCAGGUUUGCUGGGCCAAAGAACACAUUCCACAACAAUCUCCUGAAAACACUGCCAUGCAAGCAAGACUGAAAGUGAGUGAAAUCUACGACAUCAUAAAGGUGAUCCCAAAGGAGGCGACCGUGCACGUUGGACGUCUCUUAAAGCUCACCGAUGAUCAAGUUGAAAAAUGCAUAAAAGAAGCAAAAGGCGACGAAGUGGAGAAACUGUACAAAAUUAUAAGAGCGCGGGAAAAUAACGGAAAUCCCACAAAGCAGAAAAUAGUUGGCGAGAUUGAAGAAGCGUUGAUGAGGCUGGACCACGAGACCAGUUUAAUUAAAUUAAGGCAGAUAUGUUGCAACAAUUGCAGACGAAUAACAAGCUAGACCACGGAACUCAAUCUGUUUUGGAGAAGAGAGAAUUUUUCUCCUCUUCCCACUCUUCAAGAAACAUGAAAAGUUAUAAAGUCAGUCUACAAAGCCACAAUAUGUGCAGCAUUUGCAACAGGUUGGUAUGUGGUCCAAGAGCACCUUGGAUGUAAUAGCAAAGCAUUGCUUGACGUGGCUCCCUAAAUAACUACUGUAAAUGAAGAAGAUGAAAUAAAAACUGCUUUACAAUGAAAGAACAGCACGGAUAUGAAAGAUGAGUCUUGUUCUCCCUACUAUACACAUGAACUGAUGGAUUAAACAGAUAUUGGGCCAUGAAAAGUCAUGGACAAGAUUCAAUUUGAGAUGCAAUUCAAUUUAGAGAAACUUAUCUUGAGAUUUAUCACAUGAAAACUCCAUUGAAGUCUAUGGGGAAAACUGGAACUGAAUUUGGAGGAAAGUUUUUUUUCUCCUAGAAUUGAAUUUCAUCCAUUACUCUUCACGUGAUAAACCAGGAGAUAACUUUUACUCACUGAAUUGAAUCUGGCCCAUUGUGUAUAAGGCGACCCUCCUAUGUAGGCACUAGUGGGCACAUCAUAGAGAAUCAUAAUGGUUGGUCUGUCUGACAAUUCUGCACAUGUUUCUAUAGGACUCUUAGCUACAAGGAUGUUACAUUUCUGCAGCCAUAAAAUAUCCCACUACCAGAAAGUGGCUUGUGAGCAACGCAUGGAAUAGGAAAUAUUAAUUGUUAUUGUCGGGGAUCAAGGUAGACUGUCCUCUCUGACCCAACAAUAAAUGAACAUGUGCUGUAUCCAGUCUCAGUUUGGUCACCCGACAACACCUUUUUAAGCCUCAACUUCUUGUAUACAUAUGAGAUUGAAGUAAGGAUGUUAGCCUCUGGACACAUUAGAUGCU